AUGACAACAACAGAGAACACAACAACAGUUAUAGUCCAUGAAGCAAUAAAUGAAGAAUACGAGUACAUACAGUAUAACAAACAGUUACGUCUCAUUCGUUCGGUCAAAGACGAUAUGUACCAAAUGCAAAGUAUUUUGAACGCUCUUCGUUCUACAAAGCAAGCAUAUCAUUGGUUUGAAAACCAACAGACAAAAGAACUUUUAGAAGAAUUUCCUCAUAUGUUUGCUACCCUCGGAAAACCGAGGGUAGAGAUUCCGUACGAAAAUCGUAAAAAUUUGGCUCCUGGUUUGAGAGGAUAUUAUGUUCAUAGACUUUUAGUAAAUGCCGUAGCAAUGUGGGCUUCACCUCGUUAUGCUUGUUAUAUUUUCAUGAUGUUAGAUGAACUAUAUAAAGCAGAACGUGAAGAGAUGGAAAACAAGCUUGAAUCAAAAGACAAAAGCAUUCAGAAAAGAAUACCACGUUCAGUACCAAAAGGAAAGGAAAAGAACUAUAAGUAUAUGAUUUAUACUGAAGAGAUGGAAAAUGAAGAAGACAGAGAUAUGGUUAUGUUGCAUUUAGUCAGAAGAAACAACAAAAGCUUUUAUGACCUUGCUAAGAUUUACAAA